CUCACACAAGAUCUCAUUGAUCACGCUUUUGAUCUCAAUCGAUUAACAUGUCUGCGCAUCUCUUCGACGUCAAAGAGCACAAAGUCGCCGGCUGCCAUAUCCGCGAGUAUCCCGGCUCGACGGUCGACCAGGAGGAUGUGCUGUACCUGCAUGUGAAGCAGUACGUCCCGCAUGAAGCGCAAACGCCGCGCUCUCCGACGACGAACCCAGCGAGAGAUGCGGUGACGUUUAUUGCGGCGCAUGCGGGCGGGAUGCCAAAGGAGGUGUAUGAGCCGCUUUGGGACGAGAUGCUGCUGCGGUCGAAGGAGCAUGGGUUUGCGAUACGGGGGAUCUGGAUUGCGGAUGUGAGCAAUCAUGGGAUGAGUGGGGUGUUGAAUGAGGGGAAGAAUAGCACGGAUUAUUCGUGGAUGGACCAUGUGCGCGACUUGCUGCUUGUUGUCAAUGAGUUUAGGCAUGAGAUGCCGAGACCGUUGGUGGGGAUUGGGCAUAGCUUUGGGGGGAAUCAGAUCGUCAACCUCGCCCUCAUCCACCCCCGCCUCUUCACCACCCUCCUCCUCCUCGACCCCGUCCUCCAACACCGCCAGCCCUACAUGGGCUUCGCCUGCACACCCCCCGGCGUAACAAACUGGGCCCUCCACAAACCAGACCUCUUCCCCUCCCGCUCCGCCGCCAUCGCCACCCUCUCCACCCAACCCCCCUUCACCCGCCUCGACCCCCGCGUCCUCACCCUCUACCUCGCCCACGCCCUCCGCCCCCUCCCCACCCCCCUCUACCCCUCCAUCCCCGCCGCCCUCGCCUCCCUCGGCCUCGCAGACACACACUACUCCCCGCACGACCCCCCCGUAACAUACACCACCACCCGCACAUCCGAGCUCCUCACCCUCAACAGACAAAACUUCGCCGCCGCAAAGGGCCGCUGGAAUCGAACCACACACCCCGACCUCGAUCUCCUCUCCAACGGCUGGGCAGGCAGUCCCGACCGCAUAACACACCCGGACCCCGAUACCCCACCCCCUAUCUUCCCCAUGUACCGCCCCGAAGCAGGCCUCACGCACGCCCGUCUGCCGCAGCUGCGCCCGUCCGCGUUCUUCCUGCUUGGGCGGCGGACGUGGCUUGCGCUGGACGAGCUGCGUGCGGGGAUCGCGAGUUGUGGGACUGGGGUUGGGGGCAGUGGAGGGGUGGGGGCGGGGAGGGUGGAGUCGGUUGUGCUGGAGGGGCAGGGGCAUUUUUUUCCGUUGGAGGUGGUGGGGGAGUGUGCGGGGAGGUGUGCUGGGUGGGUGGGGAGGGAGAUGGAGAGGUGGAGGGGGGAGGAGAGGGCGUGGGUGGAGGGGCGGAAGGGGGUGGAUCAUGGGAGGUUGGAGGGGGAGUGGUUUGAGGUUAUUAGGCCUCCGGGGAGUUUUGGGAGGGGGGCGAAGGGGGGCGCGAAGAUGUAG